AUGGCUGUUCAAAAUAUUAUUAACCAGGGGCAAUCAUGCUGUAUGGAUAAAAGAAAUAUUGUUGAUAAUUUAAUAACUGUUAGAAACUUGGUGGCAUACUAUAAUAUAAAACAUAAUGAAAAAGCAUCUUUGAUAAACAUAGAUUUUAAGAAAGCCUUUGACAUGAUGUCACAUGAUUAUUUGCUGCAUGUAUUAAGAAAAAUAUCAAUUCCUGACAAAAUAACCAAAGUAAUAAUGAAUCUUAAUAAAAACGCAACCUCACGAUUACAAAUAAAUGGGAAUCUAUCUGAAUAUAUAAAAAUUGAAAGAUCCGUCAGACAGGGAUGUCCUUUGUCAAUGAUUCUAUUUGUUAUUGGUUUAGAUCCUUUACUUGAAGAAUUGGAAAACAAAUUAGAAGGUCAAAAUAUAAUAACUAAAAAUGUUAAGAUACUUGCAUAUGCUGAUGAUGUUACUUUAAUAGUUAAAUCAAAUAGUGAAGAAAUAAAAUCCUUAGAAAUCAUUAAAUCUUAUUGUAAAAGUUCAGGAGCAGAAAUAAAUGAACAAAAAUCCACAUUUCUAUCGCUAGGUAUGAGAUGGGUAAGGGAUUCAGAAAGCAACAUACCAGAAACCCCAAAAAUUAAAUAUUUGGGAAUGAUUAUAUCAAAAAAUUUAGAGGAAAUGAUUAAUGAGAACUGGAAUAAUUAA